UUUCAUAAUGUAAUCCUAUUAACAGAUGUAUAUUUGACCUUUUUUAUAAAGAAAAUUAACACGUUGUCAGGAGUUUUUUUUGCAAGGUCAUAUCUAGUUAGGAAGUAUACAGUACUGUCUGAAAAGGGAGUGUCAAAAUAGAAUAUCAGCUGACAUAUGGGCUAGCAAACACACCGCUAACGGUAGUAACGGUAGCUAGCUAGCUAGUUAGCUGUUUUGUUUGUGUUGAACCAUACAUGUGUUGAACGUGUCACAUUUUGUGACGAUUUAUAUCCGUUACAAGUUUACCGCUUUUGAUGCAAGUGUUUGAUAGACUGGACCCCUGAUGCUUUUGCUCCCCCGUGAAUGAUACAUGCAAUCAAGAAGUUACAUUACGUCAGCUAGUAUAUGUUAACUAGCUAGCUAACUGGCUAGACAACUAAGUUAGCUAGCCUACUACACACAGUUCAGGGUGUCCUCUGUUGUACCAAUUGUUGCUGUUUUUAUCCAACAGGUUGAAGUUAAAAGCAGGAAACCAACCACAAUGUCCACUAGUGUGCUGUGUGGUCGAGGCAGGUUGGUCCUAUAUAAGACCACUGGCCAUCAAGCAUUAGGUGCUCUCCGUGUCUGCAGAACCAGAACCUUCUCUGCUGCAAGCUCAGAUGAGCCCUACAUAGCUGUAUCACCCAGAGACUCAGGCCCCAGGACUGUGUGGCCUGACGAGAACAUGGGACCAUUCGGACCUCAGGACCAGCGAUUUCAGUUACCAGGUAACGCUGGGUUUGACUGCCACCUGGAGGGCAUGGAUGACCAAAAGAAGACUCCAGUUCACAGGACAGUGCCUGAUGUACUGACGGCCCCAAGCUGCAUAGAGAGACACCAGUUCAUACUGGCCCAGUUUGUUAAUGAGUUCCAAGGAAACCUCGGUACUAUAGACACGAGAGUCCACAAAGCUGAGCAGUACUUUAAUCAGACGGAUGCAGACUGCUCCAUAAAUUCCUGCCCUGAGCUGUUAAGGAAAGAUCUUGAGCUCAUGUUCCCCGCUGCGCCCACCACCUCCAUCACAGUUGUGACGGUCACACAGAGUAACAGUCAGAGGGAGGAGGCAGUAGACCAGGACAGAGACCAGCUGCUCCACAAAUUUGUAAGUGGAGCAAAGGAAAUGUGCUUCGCUCUGUGGACUGCAGGCUACUGGGCAGACUUUAUUGACCCAACAACAGGAGCACCUUUCUUUGCAUCUCCAUCAAGUCAAACCAAACUGCAGACAGAGGAGGAACUAAGAGAUUUGGGCUUCCACAUCGAAGUGUCAGGCUCCUGCACAGUUAUUCGCCACAUCCUGAGAGGAACGCCUUUGUUUGUGGGGACUGUUUUCACCAAUGCACCCACUCACAGUGCUGCUAUCGCAAGACUACAAGGACUUUCAAAUGUACUUGCUGAUGACGAAUAGGCUUUUCUAAAUAUUCCACAGAACUCAAUCUAAACAAGGCCUCUAUUUAUGGUGUGAAGAAGCUUGGAACGUAUAUGUGGUAUAUGGUAGUGUUGGCACAUGGUUCUAUCAGUGAAAGGUUGUGCAAAGUUUGUCUUACUGUAACAAGGACUGGACUGAGACUAAUGUAGACCUCCAUGCUGUGCCUGACUGACAGGAAACCAACCCAGCUUACCCCUGCACUGCAUCCAGGGAGAAACACACACACACACACACACUCAAUGCAGUGGCAAGGGAUAUGACUACAAAUAAAAGACAUUUCAACAUGUAAUAUCUGCUGUUUGAAAAGUUGGUAGACAAUGUUAACACUUGAGGAUGACAUCACCUCGCUUUUAUUAAAGAUAUUGGUUUUUA